AUGGUUAAACUUGAAAAUCGAUAUACGCGAAUGUGUCGUUUUGAUCAAAAUAUAAAUGAAAUAUACUGCGAAUGCGAUUUUCGUAUAAACAUUUAUCGAUGUGAUAAUAAAUUCUUCGCAAAGGCUAGUUGGGUGACGCUCACAUUGACAUCAUUAAAUGUAAUUAUGGGAAUAGCUAUACUUUAUUAUUUAAUUAAAGUAAAGAAACAGCCUUUAUUUCUCCCUUCUACGAGAGAAAGAGGCAUUAUCAGGCCAAGACCUGUACAUUCAUUUCAGUUGAUAGCUUUACUUUAUAAUGCGGCGCUGCUAUUUAAUGUGAUAUGUUUGAUCACCGAAUCAUAUCCUUAUGUCAUUUAUGCAGAAUUGGGUCAUUUUUUACCGCUUGCAAUAUGUGUUUCACUUGCAAUUUUCUGCCCGAUAAGUCUCAUUUAUUCAACGCCAAAUAUUGGAUCGGAUCCCGAAGGUUCCAGCGUGGUAACAAAUAAAACAUUUAUAGAUGUAAUUGGAUUCAUUUUUAUGAUUCAUCCAUAUCUAUUCGCCGUUCCGACAGCAUUAUUAUCCGGAUAUUAUGCUGAUAGGGAUGAUAUUAAAACCGCUAUAAUUUAUUUUAAAAUCCAUUUCUUAAGUUGGACAAUUUUUUCCAUCAUCUACAUUCUUUUGGUAGUUUAUUUUUAUUGUAGGCUUAUUAACGUGAUUAAUUGCCAAAUUGAAAAUCAAUUGGAAAAUCAAAGAAGGGUACGAGAGGUUAAUUCCAAUAAUGUCGUUAGCGGUUAUGAUAUCAAUACUCUGAAAAGGGCCAAGAGAAAUUUUUUGGAACAUAUUCACACCGAUUAUCGGACUUCUCAAUGGAAUUAUGGUCUUUUACAACUGACAGCCCAACCUAAAUUUCAAGAAAAUCAAAUUAAGCGAUUUGGAAUGGAUAAUAGUUUUGAUACUAGUAUUCAAUUAUAA